AUGAAGCCAGAUGUCGUCGCUAUCCAGGAGCGUGACACUGCUUCUGGCGCUCCCCGUCGAGAGCUGGGUGUCACUUGGCAGAACCUCACCGUUGAGGCUGUCCGAGCUGAUGCAGCCAUCCACGAAAACGUCGUUUCUCAGUUCAACAUCCCAAAAUUGAUCAAAGAAUCUCGACAGAAACCGCCUAUGAGAAAGAUUCUCGACAACGCCCAUGGAUGUGUCAAGCCAGGGGAGAUGCUCCUCGUUCUGGGUCGUCCAGGAAGUGGAUGCACCACUCUACUCAACAUGCUGGCUAAUCGACGACAUGGAUAUGCCCAGAUUUCGGGAGAUGUUUCAUUUGGCUCCAUGAAGGCUGAGGAAGCAGAACGCUACAGGGGCCAGAUUAUCAUGAACACAGAGGAGGAAAUUUUCUUCCCAUCUCUGACUGUUGGGCAGACCAUGGACUUUGCGACAAGACUAAAGGUCCCUUAUAAGCUACCCAAUGGCAUCACCAGUCAAGAGGAAAUCCGCCAAGAAUCGCGCAGCUUUUUACUGAAAUCUAUGGGCAUCGAGCACACCGUGGACACCAAGGUCGGCAAUGCAUUCGUCAGAGGUGUUUCUGGUGGAGAGAGGAAGCGAGUUUCCAUCAUCGAAUGUCUUGCAUCCAGAGGCAGUGUCUUCUGCUGGGACAACUCAACUCGUGGUCUCGACGCUAGCACUGCUCUUGAGUGGGCGAAGGCGGUUCGAGCGAUGACGGACGUUCUCGGUUUAGCCUCCAUUGUCACUUUAUACCAGGCUGGAAACGGCAUCUACAACCUCUUUGACAAAGUUCUCGUUCUCGACGAAGGCAAGGAGAUUUACUAUGGACCCCUGCGUGAGGCUCGCCCGUUCAUGGAGAACCUGGGUUUCAUCUGCGAGAACGGUGCCAACGUGGCUGACUACCUGACUGGUGUUACCGUGCCCACCGAAAGAAAGAUCCGAGAUGAGAUGAAGCUCAAGUUCCCCCGGACAGGUAGCGCCAUCCGCGAUGAAUAUGAGAAGACACCGCUAUUCGAGCAAGUACGAGCCGAGUAUAACUAUCCUACGACAUCGGAGGCUCAGAGCAAGACCAAACUGUUCCAAGAAGGAGUUGCCAUGGAAAAAUACAAGGGACUACCAGCUUCGAGUCCAUUUACCGUCAGCUUUGGGGUCCAGGUACGAACUUGCAUCAAGCGACAGUAUCAAAUCAUCUGGGGUGAUAAGGCCACCUUUUUCAUCAAGCAGUUCUCCACCAUUGUACAAGCACUCAUCGCCGGCUCUCUUUUCUACAAUGCUCCCAACACUACUGCAGGCUUGUUUGUAAAGUCCGGAGCCUGUUUCUUCGCUUUGCUCUUUAACGCUUUGUUGUCUAUGUCAGAGGUUACCGAGUCUUUCAUGGGACGGCCCGUUCUGAUUAAGCACAAGUCAUUUGCCUACUUCCACCCUGCAGCCUUUUGCAUUGCCCAGAUUGCGGCCGAUAUUCCCGUCAUCUUGGUGCAAGUCUCAGGAUUCUCUCUGAUUUUGUACUUCAUGGUUGGUUUGACAAUGUCUGCGGGCCACUUCUUUACCUUCUGGAUCAUCGUUGUGGCCUCCACUUUCUGUAUGACAGCCAUGUUCCGAGCUAUCGGUGCCGCUUUCAGCAGCUUUGAUGGUGCAUCCAAGGUCUCCGGUCUGAUCAUUGCUGCUACAAUAAUGUACAACGGCUACAUGAUUCAGAAGCCGCGAAUGCAUCCAUGGUUUGUCUGGCUCUUCUGGAUUGACCCGAUGGCCUACGGCUUCGAUGCCAUUCUCUCCAACGAGUUCCAUGGCAAGACCAUUCCUUGCGUCGGUCCCAACAUUGUUCCCAACGGCCCAGGUUUCACCGACUCCGGUUCUCAAGCUUGCGCUGGUGUGGGCGGUGCAGUUCCUGGUCAGACUUAUGUUGACGGUGACCUGUAUCUCAAGUCGCUCUCCUAUAGCCACUCUCAUAUCUGGCGAAACUUUGGCAUUAUUUGGGCGUGGUGGGCUUUUUAUGUGGCUAUCACUAUUUUCUUCACGACUAAAUGGAAGCUGUCAUCAGAGAACGGACCCAGCUUGGUCAUCCCCCGAGAGCGAUCCAAGAUUGUCAAUGCUCUGCGCCAAGCAGACGUCGAAGGCCAAGUCACAGAGGGCCACAUCUCAGAGAAGGAUGAUUCCAACGUCGGCGGACAGUCUGAUAGCAACUCUACUGAUGAUACUGCAGUGGCAGUCCAGGGCAACCUCGUUCGGAACUCCUCAGUUUUCACUUGGAAGAAUUUGUGCUACACAGUCAAGACUCCAACUGGCGACCGUCUCCUCUUGGAUAACGUUCAAGGAUGGGUAAAGCCUGGAAAUCUGACUGCAUUGAUGGGAUCUUCUGGUGCUGGAAAGACUACGCUCCUUGAUGUCCUCGCUCAGCGAAAGACUGAAGGUACCAUUCGUGGCUCUAUCUUGGUUGACGGCCGACCGCUGCCAGUCUCAUUCCAGAGGUCUGCAGGUUAUUGCGAACAGCUUGAUGUGCACGAGUCUUAUGCUACGGUACGAGAGGCUCUUGAGUUCUCAGCACUUCUUCGACAGAGCCGCGACACACCUCGCGAGGAAAAGCUGGCUUAUGUUAACACGAUUAUCGAUCUCUUGGAAUUGCACGAUAUUGCGGACACCUUGAUUGGUGAAGUUGGUGCUGGUUUGAGUGUUGAGCAGCGCAAGCGUGUCACGAUUGGCGUCGAGCUUGUAUCCAAGCCUAGUAUUUUGAUCUUCCUUGAUGAGCCUACCUCUGGUUUAGAUGGCCAGUCCGCCUACCACACUGUCCGCUUCCUACGAAAGUUAGCUGCUGUUGGCCAAGCUGUACUUGUCACGAUUCACCAGCCUUCUGCUCAGCUGUUCGCCCAAUUCGACACUCUGUUGUUGCUCGCCAAGGGUGGCAAGACUGUCUAUUUCGGAGACAUUGGAGAUCAGGCAAGCGUUGUUAGGGAAUACUUUGCUCGCUAUGAUGCUCCAUGCCCGGUCGAUGUCAACCCUGCUGAGCACAUGAUUGACGUCGUCUCUGGAACACUUUCCCAGGGCAAGGACUGGAACGAGGUUUGGCUGGCAUCGCCUGAGUACUCCAAUAUGACCAAGGAGCUUGAUCAAAUCAUCAGUGAGGCCGCAGCGAAACCGCCCGGCACUGUGGACGAUGGUCACGAGUUCGCAACGUCUUUGUGGGAGCAGACCAAACUUGUUACGCAUCGCAUGAACGUCAGCUUGUACCGCAACGCCGAUUAUGUCAAUAACAAGUUUGCGCUGCACAUCUUUUCAGCUCUCUUUAACGGUUUCAGUUUCUGGAUGGUUAAGGAUUCUGUUGGUGAUCUGCAGCUGAAGCUCUUUACCAUCUUCAACUUUAUCUUUGUCGCUCCCGGUGUCCUUGCUCAGCUACAGCCCCUCUUUAUCCACCGUCGUGACAUUUUCGAAACGCGUGAGAAGAAGUCCAAGAUGUACUCGUGGAUUGCCUUUGUCACGGCGCUUAUUGUCUCGGAAAUCCCAUACCUGAUUGUCUGCGCCGUUCUCUACUUUGUCUGCUGGUACUACACCGUGGGUUUCCCCGGCGAUUCUAACCGAGCUGGAGCGACCUUCUUCGUCAUGCUCAUGUAUGAGUUCCUCUACACUGGAAUGGGUCAGUUCAUUGCCGCAUAUGCGCCGAACGAGGUCUUUGCCGUCCUGGCGAACCCCGUCGUUAUUGGAACCCUCGUGUCGUUUUGUGGUGUCUUGGUCCCUUACGCACAGAUCCAAGAAUUCUGGAGGUACUGGAUUUACUGGCUCAACCCGUUCAACUAUCUCAUGGGUAGUAUGCUGGUCUUUAAUCUCUGGGGCCAUGACAUCAAGUGCUCCACGCACGAGUUUGCUACCUUUAAUCCUCCCAACGGCACAACCUGUGGGGAAUACCUACAGAGUUAUCUGGCGGCAGGUCCUGGCGCUGUGGCCAAUUUGAUCAACCCCGAUGCCACGGCCAAUUGCCAAGUUUGCUCAUUCACCAAGGGCGAGGACUACCUCCGAACCUUGAACCUGAAGGAGUACUACUACGGCUGGCGAGAUGCCGGCAUCGUGGUGUUGAUGGUGUUUAGCUCGUACGCUCUGGUGUACCUGCUCAUGAAACUCCGAACAAAGAUGUCAAAGAAGGCCGAGUAA